AUGUUGUUACGUACACAAAUGGCGGGUCUUGAGUUUUAUGAUGCUGUACUCAAUAACGACCUGCAGCAACUCAAGCGCCUUGUGGCCCAGCACAAACUCGACUUGAAUGGAAAAUUCUUAGAAGUCAGACGGAAGAAUGACGCGGGUCUGUGCCCAAUACAUCUUGCCUCUUACAGAGGCCACACCUACAUGCUGCAAUACCUUAUUGAGGCCAAAUGUGAUGUCAACCAUACCACAGGCACACUACGACGUACAGCCUUGCACUUUGCCGUUCAGAGUCAUAAAAUGGCCUGCAUGCUGCUUUUGAUAGCCGCGGGAGCCAAACUCGACGCAAAGGACACGUUUGGAAAUUCGCCUUGCCAUUACGCGGCAGACGACGGUUACUGCCAGAUUCUCGACGUGCUAAUCCGCCGUGGAGUAAAUGUCAACAGUCAGGACAUCACAUCAAAGACGCCUCUCAUGAAAGCGGUCAGAAAUAACAAAACAGAUGCUGUGCUGCGUCUUCUGCGAGCCAGCGCGGAUUUAAACAUCACGGAUCGAAACUGCGACAUGGCCUUGCAUUACGCAGCAAGAAAUGGCUGUGUUGACAUUAUUGAUAUCUUAUUGUCUGCUGGCAGUUUGAUUAAUGUUCAAAACUACUGGGGUAGAAGUCCCUUAAUGGAGGCCGUCUGCUAUAAUCACAAAGAGGUUGUUCAGCUGUUAUUGAGCGCCAGCUGUGAUGUCAACCGUAGGGAGUUCAAAACAGGCGAUACUGCCUUGCAUAUUGCCAUCAAGAGAAAUUACACACGUGUAGUAGAGUUGCUGCUGGCAGCCGGGAGUCGACAUGACGUCUACAACCACCAGGGAGAGACUGCAAUACACGACGCAAUAGCUGGAAAUAAGAUGGAUAUUACAUGGCUUUUGCUUGUUUACAACAUCGACCUUGAUGCACCUGUCAAAUACUUCCCUAAUGGAGUCUAUAAGUCAGUGUUCAAAUUGGCCGCGGAGCGGGGACAUUACAAGUUGUGUCGUCUUCUAGCAACGGUUGGUCACGUGGAUUACUCCGCUAGGAUGUUUUUCUAUGCUGGAUAUGUUCAAGCGCGUCCUGGGGAGCAGGAUGAAGCCUUGAUGUGGUUAAGGACUGCCCUGAGACGUGUAGUGCCUCUACAGCAGCUGUGCCGGAAAGUCAUUCGCCGCCAUGCUGGCCACAAUAUCUGGGAAAAGGUUGAGGCACUUCCUGUGCCCAGAGCUCUCAAAGACUACAUACUGAUGAAGGAUGUUUUGGAGCACAAAAAUGAGAGCAUAGUUUAA